AUGAAGCAAAGUCAACCGAGUCGGCGUACGUUUUUUUCUCUCCGAUGCAUUCUUCCAUUCCGAGUGAUUCACAUCCCACAGACCGUUCAUGGCGGUCUCAUCCUGUCCUUGACGGACACCCUGGGCUCUCUUGCCGUUGCGACGAAAGGCCAAUACAUGACCGGCGUUUCGACCGAUAUCGGAGCCUCGUUCGUUCGGCCAGCAGGGCGUCCAGGAGAUAUUUUGAACAUGACAGCUUCGUUGACCGGAUUGGGUGCAUCCCUCGCUUACACGCGCGUUGAUUUUAAUAACGCAGCUGGGGAGCUGGUCGCUUAUGGAUAUCACACGAAAUAUAUCGGCAAGUCCAUAAACCACGAAGAGAACGUCAAGUUUUCUGAGGAUGGGGAGACUGUCAUAGACGGCAAGGAUGUGGACUGA